AUGAACUUGUCUUCGCUACUGUUAGCAACAGCGGCAGCUCUCUGCGCGCUGCCGCCAGUCGUCGCGGAAUUCGAAAACAUCACUGUGGACGACUACAAACUCAAAGGAAGUGAUUACUCUGGCAUUAUCAAAGACCUCGAUAAGGUCCUGCCCAUCAAGUCCGUCAAACAAGUCCUUGCAAAAACCAAUCACAACAACCCAGAUUCCUCUCCGGGCGUUAAGCACAAACUGUCAGCUUUUACGUGGGAGGACAUCGACGGUUAUGAUGAUGUCAAUACAAGGAAGUGGUAUCCGCAAGGCAUAACCACAACCGCAGACGCAACCGAUACGGGUGACUAUGAAGGCGAUAUCGCUUUAUUGGUCUCCUGGCACUCGGAUCACUAUAAUGAUGGGAAACGCGGUGCCCGUAUCUCCUUCAUCAACAUGAAUAAAGGGGCUGAGAGAGCCUACCGGAAUGUUCUUCUCGUUAAACCAACUGCGAGAGGGUCGAAGCCAGAUUUUGAAGCACUCAGUGGCCUCCAUGCUGGUGGGAUUGCCUGGUAUGGACACUUUCUUUAUGUGGUCGCGACCACUGGUGGGCUCCUUGUCUUUGAUAUGAGGCAUAUAUACGAAGUUGACAUCGGAGAUGGUAUUGGCCGUGUUGGAAAUGGGUAUCAAGCGUACAAUUACAGAUAUGUUCUGCCACAAGUGCGAACCUACAAAUGGCAGCCGAAAGAAGGCGUCAAAAAUUUGCAUUUCUCGGCCGUCGGCCUCGACAGGACCAGCAAUCCCUCAAGUCUUGUUACUGGCGAAUGGUUCCCGAGCGGCCCCGGCCGCGUCACUCACUGGGAUCUCGAUGAAAGCAGCUACCUCCUUAAAGUGGAUGACGAUGACAUUGCAACUGCGUCUCGCGCCGUGCAGCAUUCGCUCACCAAUAUUCAGGGCAGCGUCACGAUCAACAACAAAUAUCUCCUGACUCAGAGCACUGGCAGCUUAUGGACGUUUACAUGGGAGGACGGACAGAAAGAGCACAAGAACGUGUUCUCAGGCGUACCGCAGGAUGUGUCUCAUCAAGAAGGGUAUGGACUUUGGACGCAGAUGGAACCACCGGGAAACAGGCAUGUUGUUGCGCUUGAUCUUGAGAAAUUCUAG